AUGAUUGCCACCACCAUCCGCACCCCGCCCGCGGCGACCGACUUUGUCCCCCUCGCCGAGUACCAGUCGCAGACGCCUGCGUCCUUUGUCGACGGCAAGCCGGUGCUGCACCUGCACGUGGCCGGGGCCGCGGCCUCGGCGCCGAAAGAGCAGGUCGCGCGCGGCGUCCUGGCCGUCUUCCCGGCGGAUGCGCCCACCACCACCUCUGGCGAGAACGGCGUCGCCGACGAGGAGGAGCUCGUCGAGCAGCAGGUCGACGUCUACGUCACAUCCGAGAGCUUCAUCAUCUUUAGCCCCGCGGCCGAAGCCGGCGUCUCGAUACCGUACCCCUCCAUCUCGAUCCACGCCAUCAAGCAGCUGCCGUCCUCCUCCUCCGCCGCCGUCUGGAUGCAGCUCGAGCUGUCCGACGGGGGGUCUUCCGAAGACGACUACGCCCUCAUCGAGCUGACCAUCCGCCCGCCAGCCUCCGCCGCCGCCGCCGCCGCAAACACACUCUACGAAGCCAUUGCCGCCUGCUCCAACCUGCACCCCGACCCGGCCGCCGACGAUGAUGACGAAGACGACAACGACGACCGUAUUGUGUUUGAAGGCAGCGUUGAGCACGAGGCGCUCGAGGGCUUCAGCGGCGUGCUGCGCGGCGCGUCCGACGGCAGCCUGCCCCCGCCCAUGCCCGGCAGCGGCGGCUGGAUCACGGCAGACAAUGUCGCCGAGUACUUUGACGAGAGCGGCAACUGGAUUGGUCCUGGGGCCGAGGUUGGCGGCGAGGACGAGGAGGAGCUGGGCGAGGGUGCGGGCCGGACGAGGGCGCGCGACGAGGUCGAGGCGCAGGAUAGCGUCAACGGCCACGACGGGGAAGAGGAUGCCGAGAACAAGCGUCAAAGGGUCGAGUAG